CAACGGGCGCGAAGAAACCGUCACAUUCAACCGUCUGCCUUCUUAAAGAUGAUAGAUCAAUGAUAUCAGUUGAUUCAGUCACUGUUUGCCUGAGGUGACCCCCGGGACAGAAAGAGAUAUACAUAACUUCUCCUCCAACCCCUCUUGCAUGGGUUACCGACAUCACUGACGACUAAUACAUUCCGAAAAGCAAUCUGAUCUGCAUAAACGGAAAAGGCAAAUUUGAGAAUGGUGGAGGCUUAAGCAGUGGGGAGAGGAAAGUGGUACUCUGAUCGAGGUUAGUUCAGAUUUGUGAGAGAGAGAGAGAGAUGGGUUUCGUGAGUUCUUUAUUGGGUUUCACUGGAUUUGGGAUGGGGAUGUCUGUUGGUCUCGUGGUCGGGUAUUAUAUGUUCAUCUUCUUCCAACCCAAUGAUGUGAAGGAUCCAGACGUUCAGCCUCUUGUUGAACAAGAUUCAAAAACCUUGCAACGCCUACUCCCAGAAAUACCCUUGUGGGUGAAAAAUCCUGAUUAUGAUAGAAUUGAUUGGCUGAACAGAUUUCUCGAGAACAUGUGGCCAUAUCUGGAUAAGGCUGUAUGUAAAAUGGUGAAAGAGAUGUCAAAGCCAAUUAUUGCCGAGCAGAUUCCAAAGUUCAAGAUUAGUUCAAUGGAGUUUGAAACCCUUACACUCGGCACCCUUCCACCAACUUUUCAAGGGAUGAAAGUCUAUACAACUGAUGAGAAGGAGCUGAUUAUGGAGCCAUCGUUUAAAUGGGCAGGAAAUCCAAAUGUUGUUGUUAUAGUUAAAGCUUUUGGGAUGAAAGCAUCUGUGCAGCUUGUGGAUUUGCAAGUCUUUGCAUCUCCACGGAUCACCCUGAAGCCUUUGGUGCCAUCAUUUCCAUGUUUUGCAAAAAUUAUUCUCUCUUUAAUGGAGAAGCCACAUGUCGACUUUGGGCUUAAACUCCUUGGGGCCGAUGUAAUGUCAAUUCCUGGCCUCUACAGAUUUGUUCAGGAGACAAUUAAGGAUCAGAUUGCUAGCAUGUACCUAUGGCCUAAAACAAUGGAAGUUCCAAUCCUGGAUCCAACAAAGGCUAUGAAGAAGCCAGUUGGUAUUCUUCAUGUCAAGGUUGUGGGAGCUACUAAGCUGAUAAAGAAAGACUUGAUGGGAAAAUCUGACCCAUAUGUAAAGCUGAAGCUUACAGAGGACAAGCUCACGUCCAAGAAAACUACCGUCAAGCGCAGCAGUCUAGAGCCUGAAUGGAAUGAGGAGUUCAAUUUUAUUGUGAAGGACCCAGAAUCUCAAGCACUUGAACUGAAUGUUUAUGAUUGGGAACAGGUCGGUAAGCAUGACAAGAUGGGCAUGAAUAUGAUCCCAUUAAAAGAUCUAUUACCGGAUGAGCCAAAAACUUUGACACUUGAUCUGCUAAAAACCAUGGAUGCUAAUGACCCACAAAAUGAGAAGUCACGUGGACAGAUCACCUUGGAUGUUGUGUAUAAGCCUUUUAAGCUAGAAGAGCUAGCAAGUGAAAUUGGUGAAGACUCCGGUGAAGUUCAGAAAGCACCUGAAGGAACCCCAGAAGGUGGAGGUCUGCUUGUUGUGAUUAUUCAUGAAGCUCAAGAUGUUGAAGGCAAGCAUCAUACAAAUCCAUAUGUACGGAUUCUUUUCAAGGGAGAGAAGAGAAAAACUAAGCAUGUCAAGAAAAACAGAGAUCCAAGGUGGGAGGAGGAGUUUACUUUUAUGUUGGAGGAACCACCAACUAAUGAACGAAUACAUGUGGAAGUCGUUAGUCAACCACCUAGCAUUGGCUUGUAUGCAAAGGAGACUCUGGGUUAUGUUGAUAUAGGUCUUGCUGAUGUUGUCAGCAACAGAAGGAUCAAUGAAAAGUACCAUCUCAUUGAUUCAAAAAAUGGAAGGAUACAAAUUGAGUUGCAAUGGAGAACUUAAAGCUGGAGUGUUUGUGUGUUCUGUGGACUUUUUGUCCUCAUCUUCAAGCUGCUACUUGUUCCUAAAUUUAUCUUGUCUUGAUUCCUUUUCCUCCUUAUUCGGUGCUUCCUUCUGUUUUGCAGGUCAUUGAUCUGUUCUCUAAGAUUACAAAGAUUGUUCUUAAUCUUUUAUUUUGUCUUGGGUUUACUUUCCCUUUUCCUUCUCAGUGCUUCCUUCUGUUUUGGGCUUGAGACCAUUACUUCUGUUCAUCAAUGACUGGAAGGUAUCCUUGUAAAUACAGGUCCUUGAUCUGUUCUCUAUAAUUAUAAAGAUUGUUCUUAAUCUUCUAUAACAUGGAGUUGUUUAUUC